GGCUUGUAGGUGGUGGGGUUACAGGACAUGGACUGGUCCAGGAAGAAAUCAGGUUCCUCAUCAACCCUGAACUUAUUGUGUCUCGCCUUUUUACUGAAGCUCUGGAAUACAAUGAAUGCCUCAUCAUCACAGGAACUGAACAGUUCAGCAAAUAUACUGGUUACGCUGAGAGUUACAAAUGGAAGGACAGAUACAAAGAUGAGACGCCCAGAGAUGAGUGGCAGAGAAAAUGUACAGAAAUCGUGGCCAUUGAUGCUCUUAAAUACAGACACUUUCUGGAACAGUUUCUUCCUGAAAAGAUAACCAGAGAACUCAACAAGGCGUACUGUGGAUUCAGUCGAAAUAAUGCCAACACAAAGCACCUUUCUGCCAUAGCCACAGGAAACUGGGGCUGUGGUGCUUUUGGUGGAGACACACGACUCAAAGCACUGAUUCAGCUGAUGGCCGCUGCAGAAGCUGGGAGAGACGUUGCAUACUUCACUUUUGGAGAUGCUAAGCUAAUGAGAGAAGUUCAUGAAGUUCACGGUUUCCUCACAGAAAGACAAGUCACCAUUGGCCAGCUGUAUGUUCUUUUGAACCAGUACUUUGACGAUGUGUGCAAGAACUGCCGUACGAGUCAUCCUCACGUCAGCCUGUACGAUUUCAUCUACAACAAAGUCUCUUCAUUGUAACAUUGUGAAUUCCAGGAUGUCGCCUGUGAUGGCAGACCGUCACUAACAGAACGACAACACAAACUUUGUUCCACUUUCUGCCUCGAUAUGAGUGAUCCCAGGUUUACCAACUUUAUUGUGCUUAAACCUACUUCUCACACACACUCCCUUUAAGUUUGUAAUCCUAACACACAAACUACCAAAGCAGGGUUUUGCCUUUAAAGCUGACUGUAUUACAGGAGCCUCGUGGUCUGAAAUAUUUCAAAAACUUAAAGCAAUAUUAAACCGUUGUUGCUGUUCGAGGCCUUCCUGAGUUUAAACGUGACUUUGAAUUCUCAUUUUUUUUGUAAACACUAAUUACAAAUAUGGCCAAAUAUUCAUCAUAUGCAUGGUUGUGGAAAUGUUUCACCUCUGUAUUCUUUAAGACAUGAUAGUCCUCCUUGAUUGUUUUAAUUUUUUCCCUCUUUUUCUUUUGGAUGAGCUUUUUUCUGUUUGACAUGCCUAAACUGUAGUGAGCACCCUCAGUGUCAAAAGACAGUGAGACCUACUGUACUGUAGUCUAUGCAUGGGUAACAUUUAUUUAUCAGAUAUUCUCCAGAUAUUUGCUCCUCUUUUCAUCCUCUGUGAUAAUCAAGUUUAACAUACGUGUCUUUAUAUUUGUUUAGAAUCCUCUCAAAGGAAACAUACAGGAAAUCUGUGGUUGGUCAUUGUUGACCUUAAUUUAUAUUCUGAACAACUUUAUAGUUCUUAAAUAUAAUUAGUGCUAAGCACAGUAUUAGUACUGUACAUACUUCUGUAUGUGGAAAUGGAUAAAAAAAAAGAAAAUGCACGAAAAUCUGUAUUUUUGUUAUGAUUUUUACCCAACAUUUGAUUUUGAUGUUGGUUUGUUGUAUUAUUUGCAGUAUUUUCUUACUCAGUUUUUGAUUUAUUGAAUGAUUGGCUUUAGAUUAGAUUUACAGCUGUAAAUGGAUGUAUUGCAUAAUUGUAUUUUAGGUUUUUAGGUUGUAAUAUUUUUAUUAUAAUUUCUUAAUUAAAGCAUAUCCUGAACAAAA